UACUCGUAUACUACUUGUAGUAUAUCUUUUUGGGUUUUGUUGCUUAUAUAUUUUCUAAUUUUUCAUUAAUUUACGACGUAAAUUCCAAUCAUAUGAAAAAUAAAUUAUCAGGAUCCAUCAGUGUUACUUUAUUUAUUUCAUUAGACAUUGUUGCACAAUAAUGGGAAAUGCUGGAAGUAAUCAAACAGUCAAUCAUACUCAUACUUCAGGUAGAGAUCAUCGACAUGGUAAAGAACAUGGACCACCUUCCCCAGGAAAGGAAGGCCAGGCAUUUGUUUUUGACAAAAAGUCGAAUCAAAAGUUAAUUUUCCAAUCGUCUCAAGAAGAAGAAGAGCCCUAUUAUACAAAAAUAAAACAACGUGAUGGAGAUAAUUUUGGUGGACCACGUCCCAGAUCAAAUACAGUGUCCGAAGGAACAAAAGUUACCGAUAGCAAAGUAUUGCCUACAGUUUUUAAAUGGGAAGGAGGUGGAAAACAAGCAUAUAUCAGUGGAACAUUCACAGGAUGGAAAACAUUACCUAUGGUAAAGAGUCAUGGUGAUUUUGUUACUAUUAUUGACUUACCAGAAGGAGAACAUCAAUAUAAAUUCUAUGUUGAUGGAGAAUGGAGGCAUGAUCCUGGUUUGAAAAUAGUUGACAAUGGUAUGGGUUCUAAGAACAACUUAGUAUCUGUAAGAAAAUCAGACUUUGAAGUUUUUCAAGCUCUUGCUAAAGAUAGCGAAGGUGUUUCUAAUAGUGUUCAAACUGAAUAUGGUCAAGAAAUUCCACUUCAUAAACCAUGGGAAAAAAUAGUUGGACCGCCAAUUUUACCACCACAUUUAUUGCAAGUUAUUCUUAAUAAAGAUACACCAUUAUCUUGUGAACCAACUCUUCUACCAGAACCGAAUCACGUGAUGUUGAAUCAUUUAUAUGCUUUGAGUAUUAAAGAUAGUGUUAUGGUUUUAUCAGCCACGCAUCGCUAUCGAAAAAAAUAUGUAACUACUCUAUUAUAUAAACCAAUUUAAUGAUUUACAUCAUUCCUA